UGGUACUUUUCGAGCGUACUUUUCGAGCGUACUUUUCGCUCGCAACACACGUACUUUUCGAGCGUUGUUGUUUGAAAUUAUUGAUCGAAAACUUUUCAUUUUCCAAUGAGCAAAACAGUAAAUGAAACUGCUAGUUUGUUUUGCGUUUUUAUAGUUAAGCCAGUAAAUGUUCCGUUUCCAUGUGAGUUUGUUACUUGAACAAGAAACCACAUCAAGUGUGGAUUUUCCCUCUAUUUCCUUGGUGUUUGGGUAUGAGCAGUGAUCGUAUGAGCUCAAGAAGUUGUAGCAGAUUGUUUGUUACAUUUUACUUGUCAGAAUGGUUUCUUCGAUGAAUCAGUUUGAUAUUCAUGUGAAAGAGUUGUUGUGGCACAAAGAGAAAUGGGAAAGUAAUUUUCAAAAAGCCUCCCAAGCUGCUAACAGCCUGGACGAUGUGGAAACUCUUAAGAACAAUCUGAGGCGAAUGAGGGCUGUGUUGGAUAACUGUGAGAAUUCUUUGUUAUUUGAAUCGGGCCAACAAUGGGAUCAAAGUGCUGUUAGGAAGGCCUCCAUAAAGUCUAUAUCAGAUAUAAAUGGAAGCGGGACACUUCUGACAUCCAAUUCAUCCAGCGAACGUUCAUCGAAUGGGUCUCCGUUCCAGUUUGCAAGUGGAGAUGGUUUGAUGGGGUCUGGCGCUUAUUCAUCUGCGUCCUUAGGGAACGACGACUUCUACGAUCCUUUAAACACUAUUUCGGAUAUUUUAACGGAGAAUCAUGAUGUCCUUGAACCCACUAGCUCCAUGUAUUCGCUUUCGGAAAGCACAAGUUCUCUUAAUUUUGGCGCGCCAGUCAAUGGAACUAAUCAGACUGCUAGUUAUUGGCCAUCGACUUCUGCUUGGUCGACUAGCUCGUCCACUCCUCUGGAUAUGUUUUCUGCCUUUUCAUCAAGUCCAAAACCAUCUUUCGCUGCCGUAGCACAGUUGCCCGCGGUGACAUUGCCAGAUACAGCGGCGCAGAUUCGGAAAAGUAGUGAUGCCUCGUCUCCACCGACAGUAGCGAAGAGUGGACCAGUAAUUGCUGAAACUCCUCUGUAUAUGAAUCUUCAGAAACCACAUUUGGCAAAGAUCAUUUAUGUUUUUCCUUUGAAUUAUAAAAUGGAUGAGUCAGUAUUGGAGAAAUAUUUUUCCCAAUUUGGCAAAGUGGCAAAGACUAAAAUUUUUCGUUACCCCAAUGGUGCCUCAAAAACCGCGGGAAUUGUGGAAUUUGAAGACGCUUCUUCUGCAUUAAUGGCUUUAAAAAAGAAGUACCAUCACGUAGAUGGAUGCCAGAUUGAGUCCAAGCCGUUUGAGCCGAAAACCAGUGAUUUGGCGAAUACAACAACUACACAAGGGCUGGUUUCCCGUAGUAGCCAUUUCGUCAAUAAUACUGAAUUUCAGGUGUUUGUUGGUGGUAUCCCAGCUACUGCAACGGAUGAAGACAUCGAAAAAGCGAUCACUGUUUUUGGAAAAGUUAAAAAAAUCCAAGUCAAUCCGAAUGGAACCUUUGCUUUCGUCAGCUUUGCCACUGAAUCAGAUGCAUCGAAAAUUGUUGGUGUGCAUAGCAUCAACAUCGGGGGAAAGCUGGUUGAAUGUAAACGGAAUCAACCACAAACUCAGCGCUCACGUGCCAACACGAGCGACAGCAAUCCCCCGGCAAAUAUCGCCGUUUCUCCUCCGGCAUGCCAGUUUUGCAAGAAGCCGAAAGUUAAAGCACUAUUAACGUGUGAUCAUCGCGUGGAUUGUUUCGAAUGCGUGAAAUCACAACGUGUUUGCCCGAAAUGUGGCGGUAAACUGGAUUUAUCGAAAGAGCCAGCAAAACAUUUGUCUAGCACGCCUUCGUGAAGAUUUGUAAAUAUGAAUUUUUUUACUUUUCCUUAAAUCCUUGAAAAUGAAUUUUUUUGACGAGCAUUGCUUAUGAAAAAACUGCUAUGAACAGCAUCCAUCAUAUAACGAUCAUUGUUAUGGUUAACCAGCCAAAUUCGCUCAGCUAGUAUUAGAAAGCACUAUAAUUUUGUAGGAAUCAUUGAAAGUUCCUUUCUUUUUUAUAAGGAAUUAUCUUUCGUAGCCUUGUUGUAUGUUUGGAACAUCAAAAUGCCUGAUGGGCAUUUGGCUGGUUUCGCGGUUAUCAAAAGUUGAAAUAUACAAAUAAAGGGCCUCGCCACUUG